AAAAUAUGCCACGAUUUAUAACAAUUUAUUGUUUUAUCUUUAUUUCAUUACAGAAAACCCUAUUGGUUAGCAUUCACGAUGACGAUCCCAGCUUCAAUGGAGACGGUUAUACCAGUUUGGCUGUUAUUUAUGCCACAUUUGCUCUCUUCAAUUGGCUUGCCCCAUCCUUUAUUGCAUUUACUGGACCACGUACCGCUAUGGUAGUGGGAGCUUGUACUUAUACAUUCUUUGUGGUCACCUUUCUGUUUCCUAGCACAUGGCUGUUAUAUGUGGCCAGUGCCCUCUUGGGUGUGGGUGCUGCCAUCACAUGGACCGGCCAGGGAAGUUUCUUGGCUCGAUGCAGUGACUCGGGCAACAUAUCCAGGAAUUCUGGCAUUUUUUGGGCUUUGCUACAGUGCAGUAUGUUCUUUGGCAAUCUCUUUGUGUACUACGAAUUUCAAAAUAAGGAUCAAAUUGACUAUCAGACCCGUUCGCUGGUUAUUGGUGUUCUAACUGGAGUGGCUGUGUUGGGUGUAAUCUUCUUGGCAACAUUGCGUUAUGUGCCGGACAAUUCAACCGUGGAUACGGAAUUACGUCAACCCCAGACGCCAUGGGAUAGUGCUCGAGUGGCUUUCCGUUCGGCAGGACAAUUGUUUAUGACCCGAGAUAUGUUGCUGCUCAGUAUGGCUUUCUUGUAUACCGGUUUCGAGCUUUCCUUCUUCAGUGGCGUCUAUGGCCCCUCGAUUGGUUUUACAAUGAAAAUCUCCGAUACUCCCAAAGAAAUCAUGGGCUUGGCUGGCAUUUGCAUUGGUGUUGGCGAAGUCUUUGGAGGCAGUCUCUUUGGCAUUUUGGCUUCGAAGACAACACGUUUUGGUCGUGAUCCCAUUGUCAUUGCUGGCUAUUUAAUCCAUAUUGUGGCCUUCAUUUUAAUCUUCUUCAACUUGCCCGAUAAUGCCCCCUUCAAUGAUACCGAUAGUAUUUCGUUCUUCAAUCCUCCUCGUACAUGGAUCGCCUUAUUGUGCGCCUUCCUAUUAGGUUUGGGAGAUGCCUGCUUCAAUACUCAGAUCUAUUCGAUGUUGGGUGGGGUGUUCGUAAAGAACUCGGUUGGAGCAUUUGCUUUGUUUAAAUUUACACAGUCUGUUGCUGCUGCCAUUAGUUUCUUCUAUUCCUCGCAUUUGGGAUUAAGAGCCCAGCUGGGCAUCCUCGUUGUAUUCGGCACCAUUGGAGCCGCAUGUUUCUGUAUUGUGGAAUGGUCUGCUAAACGAAGAGCCCGUGAAGAAUCGAGAGAUGUUUCCGAAAUCUCAGCAUCGAUAUCAUCUUUGGAUAAAUAAGAGUACGAGAUGAUUAUGAGGAUGGCAAAUUUACCACUGAAGCAGUAAAAUCAUUCCAAUCGUUUUUCUUUUUCUAUUUUCCACAAAUGAAAUUUCAUUUUCAUAAUUUUCCAUAAUUUGUUGUGUGCAAUAAGUGAAAUGUGCGUGUAUUAUUAUUUUCAGUUUUUUUUACACUGUAUUAAAAUAUUAGAAAAAAUAUUUGUGUUUUAGGAGAAAUGAAUUGCAAAGCUAGUUGUAAGAAGGAAAGAAAUUAAAAAAAACUGAAAUUGUUAUUGUUAGAAUUUUAUAUACCUAAUAUUACUUAGAUGUUUAAGCUAAUAGAAAUGUUCCUCUUUGGUCAGAACAUUUUCUGUACUAUGUUCUUUUUUAAUUAUUAUCAUUUUUUUUUUUUGGUUUUGUAAGUAACGAGUUGAAAGAUUAUAAAGUAUUUAGUAUUUCUUUUUUAAUUAUUUGUCGCCACAGUCUUCCGAGACAAUAAUUAAAUGUAAUGUCAAUAAACUGAAUUAUAAGAAAAAUAAAAACAAACUACACAAAUCAA